AAAGUCGAUUCAUUCAUAGCGAACCUCGUAAAACCGGGCUUGAAUUGCGAUUAAUUACACUUUAUAUCGACCUACGUACAAAACGUACACAAAAUUUAUUCACAGGCAAUCCCUAACUCUACAAAAAAAAUUAAAAAAGAAAACUAAGGAGGGGGACAUUCAUAAACUACCUAACAGGUAACCCAACAAUAAUACAGGUUUUGUUUGUAAACGAAGUCGAAGUAUGUAGACGCAAAAUUCCCCGAGUGCAACUGCUACAAUAAUACGCUGCGGAUACUUUUGCCAUAAUUGUUUCCACUGGCUUUUUUGUUAAGUGUUUUUCUUUUUGUUUGUGAUUCUGGAAAAGUGAAACUUGUCAAGUGGAAAUUCAUUACAUAAGAUGAAUUAAAUACAUAAAACAGAUUUUCAUCUUGUUGAUUUCUAUUUGUUUGUUGUUGAUAAAAAGUGCAAAUUGUUUGUUUAGUGCAGAGAGUACAGAAAGCUUCUUGGAAUUGGAUAUCUUGGUCUCGGCUCUUUGUGAUAAGAAAUAUAAGAAAGAACCCCAAGUGUAGUGUAUCCAAAAGGUCAUUAGUACCUCCCGAUGUAUGUAUGUACUUUGUGAUGAUGCGUGCAACAACGUUUGUAAGGUGGUUGUAAACAAAGAACAACAGUAGUGGCAAACAACAUCGCCACCGCAGCCACAGACCGACACACCGUCUAGUCUCCGUCGUCAUCGGUCGUCGGGACAAGUAUAGUGCAGUCGUUAUUAUUUCUUGGUUCUUCCAGAGAAUAGAAGUGUAAUAAAAUCAAGUGAAUAUAACGGUUUAGAUUUUAUUUCUGAUCUGCAUAAAUAAUUGAACAACUUUUGCACAUACAAUCGGCGCGGUUCUCCACUAUGUAAAAUGGUUAGACACGAUGACACUGAAAGUAUUUACGGUGAACGUUUGCAAUAUGAUCGGAAAUUUAAGGGACCGCUCUCGAAACGAUCGUGCACUGAUGUGUUCUGUUUACUAAUUUUUGUCAUCUUCCUGGCAGCUUGGGGCUACAUUGGUCAUUACGCUGUUCGAAAUGGUGAUUUGAAUAAAUUACUCGUUCCGACGGAUUCGUUUAAUAGAAAAUGCGGGGUUGAUGCUGCUGUAAAAGACAAAAAAUAUUUGUUUUUCUUCAACUUGGAGAAAUGUAUCGAUCCAUUAGUGCCAAUUACUGGUUGUCCAACACCUCAAGUCUGUGUGUCGCAAUGUCCCACGGAGACUUUUGUUUGGGAUAAUGUUAAAAAUAAACUGAGUGUGGAUGAUCUCAAGCAAAAGCUUAUAUGCCAGACGGACGCCUAUAAGAGUAGUAUUAACUCAAUAGAUGAUGCCGAAAAAGCUAUAUUGUCAAACCGGUGUGCCCGUUGGUAUGUCAAAAGCAAGCCAUUUGGGAAUAGAUGCAUAUGGGAUUUCGCAGCUGAUACCUGCGAAAACAUCCCACUUUAUCUAAGAGAUGCAUCAUUACAAAGUCUUAAAAUGACACCGAAGUCGUCGAGCUUCGUAGCAUUUCCCACGACAGAGAAUUCAAAAAGAAAUGGCGGUGAUAUUUUAGUUAAGAAAUUCAAUAAUCUCGAACGAACAAAUCAUCAAUUAAGAGAGCCUGUCGAAGAAAUUGUCGAUUGCGGAACACGCUACCAGCUUGGAGAAGUAAUAAAACAAAAAGUACAAAAGUCUAAUUCCUAUGUGACACGUCUAACUGGGAAUUUAAUUCAACAUUUCUACAAAGGAGAAAAUGCUCAACAGGUUGGCGAGAAAGUUGUUGAAGAUAUUAUAAGCUCAUGGCCUACAAUUUUCUUGGUUCUGGUUGUAACAAUGGCAGCAUCACUCAUAUUCAUUGCUCUAAUGAGAUGGGUUGCGACACCGUUAGUUUGGCUGUCUAUAUUGGGAGUACUAGUCGGACUCGGAUUUGGUGUAUAUUUUAGUAUUGGCCAAUACAAAUACUGGAAGAAUACCACGGCAGUUCCAAAUCAUUCUCUUAACCUAUCGUCAACUGUUAAAAAUAUUUUCCAGGACGCAAAACUCUGGCUCUAUGCAUCAAUAAUUCUUGGCAUAGUAUUCGUUGUGAUAUUUCUUUUAGUCAUUGUUCUAAGAAGUAGAAUUCGAAUAGCAGUAGCUUUGGUCAAGGAAGGCAGCAAGGCAGUUUCAUGUGUAGUUGCAACUGUUUUCUUCCCUAUUUUUCCAUGGUUUUUGUUCAUGUGCACAAUAUCAAUAUCGGUUGUGAUUGGUCUAUUCUUGGCUUCAGUUGGAGAUCCAUCGUUCAUAGUAACACGAUCAGCUGAAUCGACUGAGGACUGUAGAUGUGAAGGCAUUGCAACAAAUUACACUCGAGGAGCUGCUUGUGAUCCGGUGAUUUUUCAAAACCACUGCUUCCUUAAACCAAGUAGUUUUGCAUUGUUCUCAGGGCAAAAUAAUCCAUGCAUUGAAACUGGGUGCUUUUUUGAAGGCAUUGGAAAUCCAAAGAUUGUUUCGUAUUUUCAAAUUUACAAUUUUAUUGGAUUUUUGUGGUUAUCAUUCUUCAUAUCGGCAUUAGGUGAGAUGGUAUUGGCAGCUACCUUUGCAACUUGGUAUUGGACAUUCCACAAAUCUGAUGUUCCAUAUUUUGUUCUGAGUCAAGCAUUCGGUAGAACAGUGCGCUAUCAUCUUGGAACUGUGGCACUCGGAGCAUUUAUAUUAACCAUCUGUCGAUUUAUUCGUGUUGUUCUAGAAUACAUCGAUCAGAAAUUAAAGAAAUUCGACAAUAGUGUGACAAGAGGUAUCCUUUGUUGCAUGAAAUGCUUCUUUUGGUGUUUGGAGAACUUUUUACGUUUCAUUAAUAAGAACGCAUACAUAAUGUGUGCAAUCCAUGGAAAAAAUUUCUGCGCAAGUGCUAAGGACUCUUUUAAUCUGCUAAUGAGAAAUUUUCUACGUGUGAUAGCUGUGGACAAAGUGACUGAUUUCUUGUUCUUCCUCUCGAAAUUGCUUCUAACUGGUGCUGCUGGCGUCGGCACGUAUUAUUACUUCGAAAAUACACCAACUGAACCUGCUUUAAAUUAUAUUGCCGUUCCAAUUACUAUAGUUGUAAUUGCAACUUUUUUGAUUACAAGUGUAUUUUUCGGAGUAUACUCGAUGGCAGUUGAUACGUUGUUUUUAUGUUUCUUGGAAGACUGUGAACGUAAUGAUGGUUCUGAAGAAAAACCAUAUUUUAUGUCGAAGCAGCUGAUGAAAAUUUUACGCAAACGAAACAAAAUGCCAACGCCAUAAAUAAAUAAUAUUUAAUUUAUUUUUGUUUAUAAAGAUAAAGAGUGAAAUGAAAUGAAAUGGUUCUCAUGUAUGUUAUGUACCUAUGGUUUGAUAAUGAUGCGCAAAGUUUGCUCAAAUUGUUGUGAGCGGAAUAGAUUACCAAAAAAGAAACAAAAUAUAUUUUGUAUUAAUAUAAUUAUAAUAAUGUUACAAUAAAAAAACAAUUUUUAAUAUUUAUAAAUAAAGUGAAGAUUUAUCUAUCUAUACAAA